UUUAUAUUUUAAGAGAAAAGGGCUGUGUGUUUAACUCUGGGUGCUAAGAUGGCUUCGGCUAUUUCACUUGUCUCUUCAUCCAUUCUUCUUUCUUCUUCUUCUUCUUCUUCGCCCUCUGUUUAUCUUCCAAUUUCAAAUUCAGUCAAUUGGGUUUCAUCUUCUUCAUCAUACACAUGUAUUUCCACUUGGGUUUCUUCCAAACGAUGCAGUUGUAGAAACCCAGAAAACCUUAUUUGCAGAGCUGCUGAAUACAAAUUCCCUGACCCCAUUCCUGAGUUUGCUGAUGCUGAAACGGAGAAGUUCAGAGAUCAUUUGCUUAAGAAACUUCCAAAGAAGGAUGUCUAUGGAGAUUCUGUUGAAGAAAUUGUUGGAAUCUGCACUGAGAUCCUCAAUGAGUUCUUACAUGCUGAGUAUGGUGGUCCAGGAACAUUACUGGUUGUUCCAUUCAUCGAUAUGGCAGAUACCAUAAACGACAGAGGUUUACCAGGAGGACCACAGGCUGCGCGUGCUGCAGUCAAAUGGGCACAAAGUCAUGUUGACAAUGAUUGGAAGGAAUGGAAUAGUGGUAAGAAAAAAUAAUCCAACAACCAAGAUCCAGAAGGAAUUCGAAUAGUGGCAAGAAAAGAUGAUCCAACAACCAAGAUCUGUUGCCAGAAGUUUUGAUGCAUGCCAUUUUUUUGUUGGGAACUCCCUUUACAGUAGUAUGUGAUAGUAUAGGACUAGAAAUUAGAGAACUAUGUAGAGAAACUAGUCAGAAAAGUUUCUCAUUCUUACGAUGGCACUUUGUUAUAUUA